UCUUUAUUUUCUAGAUCACUUUAAAAGAAGAUUUUGAUGUUGACAGUUGACUUUGACAAUGUUAUAUUUUUAAUUUUGACAGCAUGAAAUAUGGGUUAUGGGGUGUUUUAUUUUACAAAAAUCAUCCUAGAAAUAAUAGUUUUUGAAAAUGACUUUUAUAAAGAAUAAAACUUGAAAACCGACAGUAAGUUAUUAUGCGCUUAAAGUCGUACAAAUCAUUCAUCUUUUUGUUUUUGCUUAUUCUAACUAAAAUAUUAGUGUUUUGUUAUUUCACUCGUUUAAUUUCUGGCCUAAUAGAAUCGACUAUAGAGGAGAAACUAGUGAAACCAACAUUAACGAAGCCUCCUCGAAAAAAAAUAAGUGAAUUGGUUACUGUCCUUAUAAGGGAGUUUGAGCAGCAUGAAAAUGAUAUUACAUUAACCUCACAUUCUUUUGUAAAUCUGUUUGCUACAAUGGAGUUAUUUAUAAUAUAUGAUGAGCUUCCGUAUCCUCCUCCAGAUAUUAUGCUGAAUAAUAAUACUUCUCCAAAUAUAAAAUUUGUAAAGCUAUCUCCAGAGUUAAGAACAAACUUUGCUGAUAGUUACCCAAUAAGCAAAAUAAGGACUAAGUACGUUUUAAUUGUACCAGACUCCACUAGAUUAACUUCAAGGCAGAGUUUACAAACUAUGGUUCAAAAGUUGUCUUCAAAUCCAGGAAGUAUAGUCGUCACUGUUGUAAAUAAUCAUAAAAAUAAUUUGAGUUGUUUGAGAAUGAAUAUAAACCUCAGAGAGUGGACAUUAAAAUAUGAUCUUAUUAAAAGUAUGAUUUGUGAUGGUGUUUCUGGAAAACACGUUAUGCUCUUGGAAACUGAGACAUUGAAGAAGGUUUCUAAUGCUUUUUUACUUCCAUUUCCCCAUUCAUUGUAUCUUCAAACGGCCUCACUCGACUUGAAGGUCAAUAUCAUAAAAGGUUUAUCUUUCCAUGAAGGCAAACCUCUGUUUCGAUCUCACCAUGCUCAGUGGAAGCAGAAGCAAACAGAAGCUUUAAGAAUAAAGAAACUAUACAACAUUUUUAAAAUCAAACAAGUCAAGAGAGAAACUGGACUCACAGAAUGGUAUGGUUGUAGUAAAGAAACUUCCAGAUGUUUUGGAACUGUCUUAGAUUCAAUGCCUUCUUAUCUGUAUGAUAAGAGAUGGACACCACCAUGUUGUAUAUCGAAUUUAAGAAAAACAGCUAAGCAUGUUUUCGGUAUUUUGGAAGAAAGUGGGAUAAGGUAUUGGUUAGAAGCUGGUAGCUUGUUGGGAGCUAUGAGGAGUGGCGAUAUUUUACCAUGGGACCAUGAUGUAGAUAUAGGAUUUAUUAGGGAGGAUCUUAACAGAUGUGAGUGGUUGAAAAAAGCUAAAUCUAGAUCGGUUGUCGAUACAAAAGGGUUUCUUUGGGAAAAAGCUACUGAAGGAAACUUUUACCGUGUACAUUUUAGUAAAACAAAUAAGAUUCAUGUCAAUUUGUUUCCUUUUUAUUCUAAAAACGGUACUAUGGCUAGGGAUUCUUGGUAUACUACUCAUAAAAAUAUGGAAUUUCCUGAAAAUUUUCUUCAUCCAAUGUCUAGUAUAGAUUUUGUAGGCAGGAAUGUGCCGAGUCCUAAUAAUAUUCGUGAUUUUCUAGAAUUGAAAUUCGGAAAAGGGUCUAUUGAAAUUCCUGAGUAUCCCGAUCCCAGUAAGUUAAAGUUUCCCUAAUUUUUUUGUGAUAUUUAUUACUCUAUGAUAUACUUUUUUAUAGUAUUUAGGUAUCUAGUUACAUUUAAUAAAUAUUGUAUUUUUCGAUUGUAGGCAUACCUUUUGAUUUAAGACCAAUGUAAUUGGUUGACUUAUUUUAUUUAAAAAAGAAAUACUAAAAAUCUACUUAGUAAGUUUGUUGAAUUGUGGUCAAACCUUUUAAAGUUUAUUACUUCAUUUAAGAAUAUAAAGGUACAUUAUUUGAAACAAAUGAUUAUAGAUUUACCUAUUUAACUAUAAGAAAGUGCUGGUAGCUGCCAGUUAGUCUAGGACUUAGUGACGUGGAAUAUCUAUAUGUAUCUACCCCAAAAUCACAGAUCUUACGAUUGCUAGUCUCACUGGAUUUUGUCUAUCAACAGAUUAUGAUGUUUAGAAUGUAUACUGCAAAAUCAUAUGAGUAGAGAUAUAUAGAGUACUAAACACCAAAGAGUUGUAUUUUUUGCAGUACGUUAACGUAAACGCACAAAACUAACGUUUACGUUGAAGUCCUAAAUAUGAGUUGAAGUUGUUAAACGCGUCGUGACAUUUACGUGCCGUGACAAUUCAUUAGAAUUUUCUUUCUUAAAAAAUAGCGUUGUUGGGCGUGUAACAUCUGCCAUGUGCUGACGAGGUUACAAUUUUUUUGGACUCGCAUAACUGAUUUGAAUAUAUAUUUAUGCGUUCAAAGAUAGGUUUAAAUCACAUAGCAGGAAUUAUUGUCCUAUAAAAUGACCAAGCCUGCAAACAUUAAGCCAAUAAAAGCAAUUUAAAAAAAAUUCACAUGGCAGAUGUUACACGUCCAACGAUGAUGAUAGAUUACAUAUUUGGUUUGCGAUAUGUGCCUAAGCCAACGCUCGUUAGCUUACGUAUAUGGGUACGUAGACGUGAACGUGAAAUACACUUGAAUACGCAUGUGUAGCUGUCUUCUUCUUCUAUGUGAUUGUGGGCUUAAUCCGAGGACUAUUCACCCAGGUUAAGUUAUUUUUUCAAAUUUUGUUAAGUGGAAAAGCUGCACCCUCGUGCGUCGGACUUCUGUCCUCACUCUUCCAUUGCACUUGAUAAUUAGUUUAAAUAUUCU